ACGCCACCACGCAAAGAAAUGUCUUCACUCCGACUCCUUCGUUCUGGUGCGCUUCGGCCGGCCGCUUUCGCGCUUGGGCGACGUGGAUAUGCGGAAGCCACCGACAAAAUCAAACUCUCCCUUGUCCUUCCGCACCAGGCCAUCUUCUCUUCCGCCGACGUAGUCCAAGUCAAUAUCUGCGCUGCGACCGGUGACAUGGGCAUCCUCGCAAACCAUGUUCCCUCUAUCGAGCCCCUCCGCGCCGGUGUCGUCGAAGUCAUUGAGUCGGGUGGUUCGAAAAAGUGGUUUGUAUCUGGUGGAUUCGCGACUGUACACCCGGGUAACAAGCUCACUGUCAAUGUCGUCGAGGCCGCUCCCCUUGAAAACUUUUCUGCAGAAGCGAUACGCACGAAUCUCCAAGAGUCUUUACGGAUCGCCAACGGAAAUGGCUCUGAAGAGGACAAGCUGGAGGCGCGUAUAGAAGCGGAUGUUUAUGAGGCAUUACAGCACGCUCUCUCAAAAUAA